CAGGAGUCCCCGGGCGUAUGGGGAUUGUUUCACUUCGUUGUGGCUGGCGUGUAUGCGAGCCGAGAGUGCUAGAAUAUUUAGAGGUUCUGGCCAUUUCACUGAAGGAAAAAAUUGUGUGAAGUGGUGGGGAAAGUGGAGUUCAGUCAGUAAGUAACGUGUCUUUUAGAGAUGGGAAAUCAAAUCGGUAGACAGGUGGAGAGAGGUGAUAUUGAGUCAGUAACGCGUCUUUUGGAGAUGGGAGCUGAUGUCAAUGCACGUGAUUUAUUUGGGUACACUCUUCUGAUACAAGCGUGUAGGAAUAAUCAGAAGGAAAUGGUUGAGUUUCUACUUGCUAAAUCAGCAGAUGUUAAUGGGACUAACUGGUAUGGAUAUACAGCUUUGAUUGUAUCUGCAAGCAUUGGAUCAGAAGACAUCACUGAUCUACUACUGAAUGUCAAAGAUAUUAAUGUGAUGAAGAAAGAUACUUUUCAGGGAGGAACAGCCAUCCAUCAUGCUGCAGUGAAUAAUCACGUGACCAUUGUAGAGAGACUUUUGUGUUGUUCUGGUCCUGUUGAUAUCAAUGAUAAUUAUGGUCAUACACCACUGUGGUGGGCUGCCUUUGAUGGUCGUGUGUGUUGUGUUGAUGUUCUCCUAAAACAUGGAGCGAAUCCCCAACAUGAGAGUAAGUAUGGAUCACCACUGAAGGUUGCCAAGCAACGUGGUCAUAGUGAUGUGGUUGAGAUGAUGGAAGAAGCCAUAAGAUUGAGAUCUCGUCUCUAUGUGGAGAGAGACGUGUCUAUCAUGAGACAUCAAUAUGAAGAGACAAUUGCUGAACUGCAGAGUGAAGUGGAGAAAAAGACAGAAGAAUUAAGACAAUCAUCCCUGGACCAUGAGAUUGAAGUGACGACUUUGAGAAACGAAAUCCAACAGAAAGAGAAGGAAAUACGACGUCUCAGAAUGUCAGCAGCUGAUAGAGUUGGUGAACGUCAAGUUUCUCCUGAGGCUUGGUUGUUGAUGCAGCUACCAGGAGAUGUCAUGGAUGCUGUUGUUGCUCUGGCUGGUGAUCAGUGGAGUGAUGUUGCACUUAAGUUAGGAUACAGAAUGUCUCAACUCAACUCAAUCACAUCCUCAAUUCCUACACCUUCAGGCAAACUAAACGCAAUACUGAACAGAAAAGCUGAUUCUGUGGGUACCAGCAAUGUUGUUGGUAUCAUCUUGUCUGCUUGCCAGCGUAUUCCUCUGCCAAUUUGUGCUGCUGCAAUAAGAGAGGAGGUGGUUAAUCAUCGAGACUGAGAACACAGAACAGUGGACAAUAGAAUAAUUGACUUUGUCACUUUGUUGUCUGCAUGGCUGAUCAUAUGGUUUAUUGUUGAUGGAGCAAGUCAUGUGUUACAUGAUGCUUUCUUAUAAUAAUGCUAUUGUAUUCAUGUUUAUGUUAAUACAACAAUUUCAUUUAUUUUUACAAUCACAGUUACACACG